AUGUCCAAGACUUGGUCGCCUGAUCCUCGGUCGCUGACUCGGCACGCGAAAGAUAUGGUUGCUGUUGGCUCACAACCGCGCAAUGCGCGCUUAGCGCGUUCAUGUCUUCGAUACCACUGUACAAUACCCGCGUCUGCUGCGCGAGAAGACGGGACAGGCAUGUCUUUGUCUCGGAACAAGAGUCACGCGGUGGACUUGAUCUAG